UGUUAUUGGUCGAGGCGAGGGUAACUGGGCUGCAUUAGUUUUCGAGUUGUUAGGGAUUUGGCCCAACACACCGGAGAACGAGCCCAAAGUUCUCCAGGGUUCGUCUUUGAGAUUGACAUGGCUUCGGCAACAUUUUUUCUUGUUGCCGAAUGAUGCUGAUGAGGUGACUGUACAGCGAUUUGCCCGGGCUUACAUUCUUGCAUUGAUGGGGUCCAUUCUUUUUGCCGACAAGAGUGGAGAUGCAGUCCAGGUUCUUUAUCUCCCGCUUUUAGCUGAUCUCGACGUAGCAGGGACAUAUAGUUGGGGUAGUGCGACCCUUGCAUACCUGUAUCGGCAGCUAUGUCGGGCAUCACAUAGGGGUGCGAGGGAGUUAGGUGGCCCUGUGUUGUUGUUACAGAUUUGGGCAUGGGAGCACAUACACAUUGGCAGACCUCGGAUUUCGAGGGUGCGGGACCCACCUCCACAGUUUGACGAGGCCGUUCCUAUUUUAGGCUCCCAGCAUGUUCCGGGGAUUGACCCCUUAGCUGUCAGUUGGCUUCGAGUACACAUCACUAGGUCCCACACAGCAGGUGGGUUCCUUACUACAGGGAUGCACUUGACCAUCAGACGGACGAGCAGAUGA